AUGCAGUUAUCCACAAAGGAGCAGAGCUCCUUGAUUUAUAAACCCUCAUUGAACUUCUUUAAACUAUUUAGUCUGAUAUUUGGAAUAUCGUCUGGAAUCGCAACAACUACACUAAUAUUUUGUAAUGGAGAUACUAAACACUUUGUCUUGUUGCAAGUCUUUUGCGUAAUAAUCGCCUUUAUCAACCAUUUUGGAACACUUCAGGUAUCGGAACUAUUGGAGAAUAGAGGACUAAUAAGUUCAAACUUGAAUAGAGAUUCCACACAUCGCAAGAUCCCUGAACCUGGAGCGUUACUAGGAUGUGCAUUAUAUAUAAUAUGCAUGAUUUGCGUACAACUUGUGCACAAAGGUCAAUGUGAAGAGCUGUUAAAAUACAAUGCGGGACUGGUAUCCAUAACAUUGAUGACACUGCUGGGGUUUAUUGACGAUGUAUUACUACUGAAUUGGUGGAGUAAGAUUAUAACUCCUAUUCUAGCAUCACUUCCUUUAUGUUUGGCACAUUCCGAAAGUACAGUAGUAAAAUUACCGAGUAUUUUACCCGUUUUUGGAAGUUUGGAACUCGAUAUAGGAUAUGUAUACUACAUCUACAUGAUAUUUCUCACGGUGUUUUGUGCUAAUUCCAUAAACAUUUACGCUGGUAUAAAUGGUUUAGAAAUUGGUCAAUCGUUGGUAAUGGCAUUUUUUGUACUAAUAUACAACAGCAUUCAUCGGUUUUCAUUUUACCUCACUCUCCCAUUUAUAGCAAUAAAUAUAUCGCUUCUUUGCUAUAACUGGUACCCAGCCGUGCUGUUCGUAGGUAAUACGUACUCAUUAUUCGCGGGGACAUAUUUCUCUGUUAUAUCAAUACUUGGGAAUUUUUCAAAGAUUAUGCCAUUCAUUUUCAUUCCACAGCUAAUAAACUUUAUCCUAUCGCUUCCUCAGCUGUUUGGUAUUGUUCCGUGUCCAAGGCACAGGAUCCCAAGGUACAAUCAGAAGACUGACAGACUAGAAUAUUCUAGAAACCUCACACUCAUAAAUCUGUUUCUUUGGGUAUUUGGGCCGAUGAAAGAAGAGAUGCUAUCCUUCUCUCUCAUAGUAUUUCAAACCUUUUGUUGUACACUUGGCUUAAUUUUAAAAUAUAGUGCGAACUGA